GAUUAGUAACGUUGUAUUGUUGUUAUAUAUGUACUAUGUAGUAACGCCUAGUGACACCACUUCAGUUUAGGAAAAAAUAAUUUAGUUGCAACACUUAUAAAGUGGCAACUCUGUAAAAUAUUUAUUUUUAUCUUACCCCCAACUUACUUCGCGCCGCCCGCUUUGAGCGCGCUUCAGUCGCACUUUAGUGUCCAACCACUUCACACGUCAAAGUUCUUUCGUAAAUCGUGUUUGAAUUUUGUCCGUUUCAAAAUGCCGAAACGAAAAAUCGAUAAUCUUGAAGUUAUUGUCAACAAGUUACGUAAGUUGGAAAAAGAAGUGAAACGAUCGCGUAGAUAUCGAAGGUCGUCGUCUUCGUCAUCGGAACCAAGCAGUCGAUCCAGCUCAUCGUCACCUUCUUCUAGGGCACCGUCACCGGCUAUGGAUAACCAAGAAUGCCAGGAACCAGUUAUAAACCCUGAAGUAGAUACGAUUAAUCUGGAACCUGAAUCCACCCCUCCCAAUGAAACUACGGCGGGUUUGUCUGAUAUUUUGGGUGAAGACCCAACGGCCACUGCCGAAUAUGGACCGGAUAUUAAUACAGAUCUGGCAGCUAGAUUAGCCCACAUAGCAACAUCAGGGCUGAAUAAAGAUACCCGCAUUGAUUUAUUGAAAAAGUUUUUAGUACCAGCAAAUUGUGAAAAUAUUUCUGCACCAAAGCUGAACGUAGAAAUAAAGGCUGCUAUUCCCGAAACAGCAACCAAAAGAGACAAGUGUAUCGAAUCUCGCCAAAAGAUAAUUGCUGCUGGUAUUACAGCGCUAGGUGGCGUUAUAUCAAGACAACUCGAGUCGAAAAAUAAGGAUAACGAUUUGAUCAAAGAUCUGAUGGAUGUCGCUAGACUUCUCUGUGAUAUACAACACGCUGAAUCAGAAACCAGACGAAACUUUGCCCUGUACUCAGUGAAAAAGGAGCUAAAAGACCAGUUAUCUCUAACGGAAAUAGACAAAUGUCUUUUUGGAAGUGAUUUUGCAGAAACGCUAAAAACUGCAAAAGCAGUUUCAAAGUCCAGCACGGAUUUAAAAAGAGACUUCCCAAAAAAAUCGCCACCUGCAGCCAAUCCUUAUAAGAAGGAUUUAAACUGGAAGCCGCGGACCGGGGCUCGCAGACAGCAGCCGGUCACUCAAACGCGCCCCCAGUCGUCUGCAGCGCCGAGCGCGACGCCGCGCGGGAGCUCAUCGCGGAACUACAGGCAACGUCGACGUCAUCACAAGCAGAAUCGCCGGGACUAGAUUCGGUACGUUACGCCGGUAGACUUUCGCAUUUUUAUACACUAUGGUCUAUGAUCACUAGUGAUCGUACUAUAUUGUCGUGGAUAAAAGGAUAUCAAAUAAAAUUUGAUCAACCUGUUUAUCAAUCCAGUCCACCGACA